AUGUCCCUCUACCGCAUCGGCGUCGAUGUCGGCGGAACCAAUACCGACGCGGCGAUCUUGGACAUCACCGCCGCCGACACCCCUGACCGCGGCGUUCUUGCCUCUCACAAAGCUUCAACGACUCCCGAUAUCACCAGUGGCAUUGAAGCAGCCAUCAGAGAGGUGCUUAGCAAAUCUGCUGUCGACCAGAAAAGAGUACUCGGUGUGACGAUAGGCACGACGCACUUUAUCAAUGCGCUGGUUGAAGCUGACACGCGGAGACUGAGCCGCGUGGCUGUUGUCCGGCUCUGUGGUCCCUUCACAAGACAGAUCCCUCCUUUCUCGGAUUUUCCUUCCGGCCUGCACCGUAUUCUGGAUGGAGGUGUAUACUACCUCGACGGCGGGUUGGAGAUUGACGGCCGCGAAAUUGCGCCGUUAGAUCAUGAGCAGAUCAGACAGGCUGCCAGAGACAUUGCGGCGUCUGGUGUGAAGUCAGUUGCUCUCGUUGGAGUCUUUGCACCUUUAGAUCACGCCGGUAUCCACGAAGAGACGUGCAAGAAGAUCAUCAUAGAGGAGGUCCCUGCGCUUGAUGUUGUGUGUUCCCAUGACAUCGGCCCGCCGGGUCUCCUGGAGCGUGAGAACGCCACAAUUCUCAACGCUGCCAUCCUCGGGACGGCACGAAAGGUCACAAAUGGCUUCAAGCGGGCUAUGGCUCGUCUAAGGCUCGCUUGUCCUCUGUAUCUAUCCCAAAACGACGGCACUCUCAUCGACGCUGAUGCGGCGGCUGAGUAUCCUAUCAAGACGUUCGCCAGCGGACCGACGAACAGUAUGACCGGUGCAGCCUUCCUUGCCGGCCUAGAUAAAAUCAAGACCAUGACCACGGACCCAUCAGAUUCUUCGGUUGAAAAGUCACUGGAACCCCAGGUACUUGUCGUGGACAUUGGUGGCACAACAACUGACGUCUGCGCCCUUCUGCCUUCUGGCUUUCCCCGCCAAGCGCCAGGCUUCGUCGAGGUCGGCGGCGUUAGGACGGCUUUCUCCAUGCCAGAAGUCGUCUCAAUCGGCCUCGGCGGCGGCAGCAAAGUGACGAUCGAUUCUGAACGUGGAAACGUGAUUGUCGGACCAGGUUCCGUAGGCCAUUUUCUCACCGAGCAGGCGAGAGUGUUUGGUGGUCCGGUUCUGACUGCCACUGACAUUGUCGUAGCCUCGGGCAAGGCUCAGCUGGGAGACGCAAACCUCAUCAAGGAUAUUCCUACAACAACUAUCAACAAGGCGCGGAACAGAAUCAAGAGCAUGCUGGAGGGCGUGAUUGAGCAGAUGAAGGUCUCGGCUGCACCGGUCCAUGUUCUGCUUGUGGGCGGAGGUGCGCUUCUCGUGACGGAAGACCUUGACGGCGUGGAGAAGUGCAUCCAACCUAUACAUCAGGGCGCUGCAAACGCAGUCGGCGCAGCGAUAGGCAAAAUAUCUGGAGAGGUAGACGUUAUUGAAAUCUUGGAGGGCAAGGACGAGAAAGCUGUUGUAGCUGCGACAUGUCAAAAAGCAGUUGACUUGGCCAUUCAGAAGGGUGCUGCAGCGGAAGACGUGCGGAUUGUCGAGGUUAACAAGAUGCCGCUGCAAUACGUCGACAACGGCGCCAUGAGAAUCCAAGUGAGAGCCGUUGGUAAGCUCAGUGUACCUGAGAACCCGCAGUUCUCCCCUGAGAACAUCGACACUGUAAUGGAGGAACAACGGGACGACGAGGGUCCCAAGGAGAGUGUUCCAGAUGCCUUGAAGCCCACUACUAGACCCUCACUUCAGGUCGACCUCAAUACUUACAGACCAAAUGUGAAGGGCUCUGUGUGGUACGUUUCAGAGGUUGAUCUUGAGUUGAUUUCUACAGGGUGUGGUGUUCUUGGUACUGGCGGUGGAGGGCCGACGCACCAUGAGUUCCUUAAGAGUCUACAAGCGCUUCGGACGAGUGAGGCAGGCAAGAUGAGAAUCAUCUCCCCCAAGAGCUUGAAGGAUGACGAUAUCGUGUGCUUUGGAUCAUGGUACGGCACACCAAGCGUAAUCAACGAGAGAAUUGCGGGAGGUACCGAGAUUGCCAAGGGUAUUGACGCGGUGACCAAGGUCCUGGGGAACAAGUCUCUUGAUGGCAUUUUCAUUGACGAAAUUGGAGGCGGAAAUGGUCUGAGUGUCUUCCCAACAGGCGUUCACUAUGACAUCCCCGUUGUGGAUGGCGAUGCUAUGGGAAGGGCAUACCCUACCAUGUACCAAGCCACCUUGAGCGUAUACGGCCACCCGCUCACACCUUGCGCUCUCUCUGACGCAAGGGGCAACGUCUCGAUAGUCAUGGACACAGACACGCCCAUUCGACUGGAACGCUUCUUGCGCACAGCCGCAAUAGAACUCGGUCUUGGAUGUGCUGUUUGCGCUAGACCGCUGCCCGGGUCAGCUAUAAAAUCCCACGGCGUUCCGAAUACACUCUCCCAGGCGUGGUAUCUUGGACGGGCAGUCCACAUGGCGCGCAGAAGAAAGUCGAAUUACAUCGACGCAAUUUUUCAUGUAUGUGCUGGAAAGCUCCUGUUCACCGGAAAGAUUGUUGAUGUCAGGCGAUAUGUCGGCGGGGGCUAUACGAUGGGCAGUGUUCUUCUUGCUCCUCUGGGAGACGAGGACCGCGAGGCUGAUGCUCAGAAUUCAUCCCCUGACGAUCGUCACAUGCUUAUUCCUUUCCAAAAUGAGUACCUUUAUGCCGCUCUUACGGAUUCAGGGGGUUCAGACAAAGAUCAAAACGUUGUCUGCACUGUGCCGGACCUCAUUUCAAUUCUCGGUCAGGAUGGGGAGGCUAUUGGGUCGCAGGACCUGCGAUAUGGCUUGCGGGUCAAUGUCAUUGCCUUGCCUGCCCAUCCAUUGUGGAAGACUGAGAAGGGUAUGCCGGUGGGAGGACCAAAAGCGUUCGGUUUGGAUAUGCCAUUUGUUGGAGUUGGGGAAUACACUGAGCCUAGAAGCGUUAUCGAGGACUUUGGAGCAGACUAUUUUUAG